UAUUUAUUUAUUUGAGAGGUAGGGUUAGAGAUAGUAAGAGGGAGAGACAGAGAGAAAGGUCUUCUGUCCACUGGUUCACUUCCCAAAUGGCCAAAAUGGUUAGAGUUGGGCAGAUCCAAAAGCCAGGAGCCAGGAGCUUCUUCCAAAUCUCCCACACGGGUAGAGGGACCCAAGCACCUGGGCUGUCUCCCACUGUUUUCCCAGACCAUAAGCAGAGAGCUGGUUUGGAAGAGGAGCAGCCAGGACUCGAACUGGUGCCCACUUGGGAUGCUGGCACCACAAGAAGAGGGUUAACCACAGCACAGCCCCAUCUUCACCUUUUAGACUGUAGCCUGGUUUUCCCUCUAACUAAAAUUGAACACAUUUGCUGUCAUAAAUAACAAAUUGAUGUUUGAUACUAUGACUACUCAUUUCUCAAAAAGUGAUUUCCUUCUUAACUUUCAUGACACAACACUAUUUUGGUUUUAAAUUAUUUUUACUUCUUCCUCUAAUUAUUCUACCUGUGGACAACUCCUCAUUCCUAAAUUAAACAUUAAAUAUCAAAGAUGAGAUUAAUUAUGUAACAAUUAUGAGCACUCCCACUAUGUCCAGUGUCCAACAAUACUUUGUUAAAACAUGUGGUUAUUAAAGUAGGUACCUUUUUCUGUGUGUCUGUAUGUGUCUGAGGUGAAGAUAAAUCAAUAAGGUAUAAGACUUUAUUUGCAGGCAAUGCUAAAUCAUAGUCCAAUUAUAAGUCCAUUAUUGGCUCAAACUCCAGGUUUAAACUCUACAAUGAUUAUGAUGUAAGAGCUGGGAAGGAAUCAGAAUUGUUUGGGAGGGAUGUUGGUUUUCUGUACAUGCUCUAUCACUCCAUAUUUAAGGGAUGGGCUGAUUCUCAUUCAACUUAACCAAGUAAGAAGGAUUUAGAGAGAACAUCAGAGAGCUUGAUGUAUUUGCUCCAGGGAGGAAUGGUAUUGAGACUGAAGUCUAACAGCAUUGGUGGCUGCAGCUGCUCCCAGCAUUGUAGAAGAUUACUUAGUCUCAUGGCAGGCAAGCUUUGAGUCCUUCAAUGUCUAAGCAAAAGUUGGUGAUUUUUGAAGAGCAAAUGGAAAGGAAAACACACUCGAGGUUAUCUUAAACCUAUAAAGUGGGUAAACUGUCAGAAAUUCAAGUUCCCAGGUCGUGAAUCAUGAGCCACAAAUGGGAAGAUUGACCCCAGAGAAGAGAAUGAGAGCAAAUCAAGUAAACUGGAAAAGAACCUGAAGAGAGGCUCUUUGAGAAAGCCACACAUGCACCCCAGGAGAAAAAGGAUUAUUGACUAUAUGCUUGUGGUUCAGAGCAUGGGAAUCACUGUGAAUCAGCCAUGUGUCACUGUGGCCUGCUCCCCCACUUCCUCUUCUCCAGUCCUCACUCUGGAGUGGUCAGGAGCCAUUGCUGUGGGUGAAGCCAAAAUCCAGAACGAACACCAUGCUCUAGUCCUCCAUGCAGACUUCAAAGCUGGAGGCAAGACUGGACUGAGUCUGUGUGUGAGGUACUGGGAGGAGUUUGAGGAUAUCGAAUCCCUAACAGGAGGGCUGACUGGUUCUAAAGGGGCUGAUCCACCGGAAUUUGCUGCACUGACGAAAGAAUUGAAUGCCUGCAGGGAACAACUUCUUGAAAAGGAAGAAGAAAUUUCUGAACUUAAAGCUGAAAGAAACAAUACAAGACUGCUACUGGAGCAUUUGGAGUGCCUUGUGUCACGACAUGAAAGGUCACUAAGAAUGACGGUGGUUAAACGGCAAGCCCAGUCUCCCUCUGGGGUAUCCAGUGAAGUUGAGGUUCUUAAGGCGCUGAAAUCUUUGUUUGAGCAUCACAAGGCCUUGGAUGAAAAGGUAAGGGAGCGACUGAGGGUUUCUUUAGAAAGAGUCUCUGCCCUGGAAGAAGAACUAGCUGCUGCUAAUCAGGAGAUUGUUGCCUUGCGUGAACAAAAUGUUCAUAUUCAAAGAAAAAUGGCAUCAAGUGAGGGAUCCACAGAGUCAGAACAUCUGGAAGGGAUGGAACCGGGCCAGAAAGUCCACGAAAAGCGUUUGUCCAACGGUUCUAUAGACUCGACUGAUGAAACAAGUCAAAUAGUGGAACUACAGGAACUGCUUGAAAAGCAAAACUAUGAAAUGGCCCAAAUGAAAGAACGUUUAGCAGCUCUUUCUUCCCGAGUGGGCGAGGUGGAACAGGAAGCAGAGACAGCAAGAAAGGAUCUCAUUAAAACCGAAGAAAUGAACACUAAAUAUCAAAGGGACAUUAGGGAGGCAAUGGCACAGAAGGAAGAUAUGGAAGAAAGAAUCACAACCCUUGAGAAGCGUUACCUCAGUGCUCAGAGAGAAUCUACCUCCAUACAUGACAUGAAUGAUAAACUAGAAAAUGAAUUGGCAAAUAAAGAAGCCAUCCUACGGCAGAUGGAAGAGAAAAAUCGACAGUUACAAGAGCGUCUUGAGCUGGCUGAGCAAAAGUUGCAGCAAACUAUGAGAAAGGCUGAAACUCUACCUGAAGUAGAGGCUGAACUGGCUCAGAGAAUUGCAGCCCUAACAAAGGCUGAAGAGAGACAUGGAAAUAUUGAGGAACGAAUGAGACAUCUUGAAGGCCAACUUGAAGAGAAGAAUCAGGAACUUCAAAGAGCUAGGCAAAGAGAGAAAAUGAAUGAGGAACAUAACAAAAGAUUAUCUGAUACCGUGGACAGACUUCUGACUGAGUCCAAUGAACGCCUACAGCUGCACUUAAAGGAAAGAAUGGCUGCCCUAGAAGAGAAGAAUGUUUUAAUUCAAGAAUCAGAAACUUUCAGAAAGAAUCUUGAAGAAUCAUUACAUGAUAAGGAAAGACUAGCAGAAGAAAUUGAAAAGCUGAGAUCUGAACUUGACCAGUUGAAAAUGAGAACUGGCUCUUUAAUUGAACCCACAAUAUCAAGAACUCAUCUCGACACCUCGGCUGAGUUGCGGUAUUCGGUUGGAUCCCUAGUGGACAACCAGUCUGACUACAGAACAACUAAAGUAAUAAGAAGACCAAGGAGAGGUCGCAUGGGUGUGCGAAGAGAUGAGCCAAAGGUGAAAUCUCUUGGGGAUCAUGAGUGGAAUAGGACUCAACAAAUUGGAGUAAUCAGCAGCCACCCUUUUGAAAGUGACACUGAAAUGUCUGAUAUUGAUGAUGAUGACAGAGAAACGAUUUUUAGCUCAAUGGAUCUUCUCUCUCCAAGUGGUCAUUCCGAUGCCCAGACUCUAGCCAUGAUGCUUCAGGAACAGUUGGAUGCCAUCAACAAAGAAAUCAGGCUAAUUCAAGAAGAAAAAGAAUCUACAGAACUGCGUGCUGAAGAAAUUGAGAACAGAGUGGCUAGUGUGAGCCUGGAAGGCUUGAAUUUGGCAAGAGUCCACCAAGGUACCUCCAUCACUGCCUCUGUUACAGCUUCCUCACUGGCCAGUUCGUCUCCCCCCAGUGGACACUCAACGCCAAAGCUCACCCCGAGAAGUCCUGCCAGGGAAAUGGAUCGGAUGGGCGUCAUGACACUGCCAAGUGAUCUAAGGAAACAUCGGAGAAAGAUUGCAGUGGUGGAAGAGGAUGGUCGGGAGGACAAAGCAACGAUCAAAUGUGAAACUUCUCCUCCUCCCACACCUCGAGCCAUCAGGAUGACGCACACCCUCCCUUCUUCCUACCACAACGAUGCCCGAAGUAGUUUAUCUGCCUCUCUUGAGCCAGAAAGCCUUGGGCUUGGAAGUGCCAACAGCAGCCAAGACUCUCUUCACAAAGCCCCCAAGAAAAAAGGAAUCAAGUCUUCAAUAGGACGUUUGUUUGGUAAAAAAGAAAAAGCUCGACUUGGGCAGCUCCGAGGCUUUAUGGAGACAGAAGCUGCUGCUCAGGAAUCCCUCGGGUUAGGCAAACUGGGAACCCAAGCUGAAAAAGACAGAAGACUGAAGAAAAAGCAUGAACUUCUUGAAGAAGCCCGGAGAAAGGGAUUACCUUUUGCCCAGUGGGAUGGGCCCACCGUGGUUGCAUGGCUAGAGCUCUGGCUGGGAAUGCCUGCUUGGUAUGUGGCAGCCUGCCGAGCCAAUGUGAAGAGUGGUGCCAUCAUGUCUGCUUUAUCUGACACUGAGAUACAGAGAGAAAUUGGGAUCAGCAAUCCUCUGCAUCGCUUAAAGCUCCGAUUAGCAAUCCAGGAGAUGGUUUCUCUAACAAGCCCUUCAGCUCCUCCAACAUCCCGAACUCCGUCAGGCAACGUUUGGGUGACCCAUGAAGAAAUGGAAAAUCUUGCUGCUCCAGCAAAAACGAAAGAAUCUGAGGAAGGAAGCUGGGCCCAGUGUCCGGUUUUUCUACAGACCCUGGCUUAUGGAGAUAUGAACCACGAAUGGAUUGGAAAUGAAUGGCUUCCCAGCCUGGGAUUACCCCAGUACAGAAGUUACUUUAUGGAAUGCUUGGUAGAUGCAAGAAUGCUAGAUCACCUAACAAAAAAAGAUCUUCGUGUCCAUUUAAAAAUGGUGGAUAGCUUCCAUCGAACAAGUUUACAGUAUGGAAUUAUGUGCUUAAAAAGGUUGAAUUAUGACAGAAAAGAACUAGAGAGAAGACGAGAAGCAAGCCAACAUGAAAUAAAAGAUGUGUUGGUGUGGAGCAAUGAUCGAGUUAUUCGCUGGAUACAAGCUAUUGGUCUUCGAGAAUAUGCAAAUAAUAUUCUUGAGAGUGGUGUGCAUGGUUCACUGAUAGCGCUGGAUGAGAACUUUGACUACAGCAGCUUAGCUUUAUUACUACAGAUUCCAACACAGAGCACCCAGGCACGGCAGAUUCUGGAACGGGAAUACAAUAACCUCUUGGCUCUGGGAACUGAACGACGACUGGAUGAAAGUGAUGACAAGAAUUUCAGACGUGGGUCGACCUGGAGGCGGCAGUUUCCUCCUCGUGAAGUCCAUGGAAUCAGCAUGAUGCCUGGGUCCUCAGAAACAUUACCAGCUGGAUUUAGGCUAACCACAACAUCUGGGCAGUCACGGAAAAUGACAGCAGAUGUUGCUUCAUCAAGACUGCAGAGGUUAGACCACUCCACUGUCCGUACAUACUCAUGUUGACAAGCCACUCAAAGGAGGCAGCACUGACCUGCUAUGCCGUCUUUUCAGUCUACUCUACCUAAAGUGCACUACCAUCCAAGAGGACAAGCAGUGAAAACCUUUGUGAAGAUGAAGUUCCAAUGAUAAGUAAUGGUUCAUUACACACUAAAGAUGUGAUUUUGAGGGAAGUCCGAUAUUAAGUUGAUUAGUUUACUAUAAUUAAAUGCUUAAGUCAUUUGAAUAAUAAACAUCAUCCACAUCAUAAACUCUGUACAACAGAUGCUUUUAUGAAAUGGAACCACUUGGUUUUUCAUGUUUUAUUGUAAUAUACUAGGCAUUUAUGUAUUACUGUGUAUUUCUUUUUAAAUGUGUAAGUCUUAUGUAAAUGGAUAUAAAUAUGAUUUUUUAAAAAAUAAAAUAUAUGGUUCAUGGAGUCUCGAGUGUAAACAUUUGACAAUUCCUAGUACUGUUUGUAUUUUACCAUUCCACCAUUUUUACAGUUUUUGAAUUGUAACAGGCAAAUCAAUGUUUCCUUGAAGCAUGUUUCAUGCUUCAAUAUGUUUCUCCUUCCAGUCUGUCAGUACUUAAAGCUGAACUCCUGCCUCUGAUCAUGUAAAAAAAAAAAAAUUGAUUCAACCUGGAACUGGAGCCCAAAAGACCUUAAAGGCAAUCAGGGGUGUCCUUUAUCUUUAGAAAUAGCACUGUGAUGGCUCGAUCUCCUUUUCGAUACAAAACAAAGCCAAAAUGUUUACAAGAGUCAAAAGCAAUUACUUAAAAAAUUUAUAUAUAAAAUACAUUAUAUUCUCUUGUUACCUGUGGGCCAACCGGGGGGGAAAACUACAUGCUCAUUAAAAUAUCCUGAGCCGACCGAAAGUGACUGCCAGCCACGGCCAUGGGAAGCUCAUCUCCACCGGAUGAAACAAAACCCUGGAAAACUGUUCCUUUUGUCAAUUUUAGCAGGGCAUCAGCCACCCUCAUGUCCAACGUUCUAAGCUUUUAGCCGAGGUGGCCUUGUUGCGACUUCCCUGAAGUCAGUUUUAUCAGAGGAUCUAAAUGAGAGACAGAAUGAUUAACAUAUAUAGUGUAUAAAAGUAUAGAAGAGUAAUCUCUUCCCUGUGGCUUUAUUUGGUGGUGUUAUUGUUGUUUAUUCUUUGUUUAUAUGGGAGAUUUCAAAGUAAAACCUAUUUAAUAUUACCAUUUAUCUAACUGCUGAUUUCCCACUGCUUGAUCUUACUAAGCGCAAGAACUGUCAUUAGUAAUUUCUUUUUUUGUAUUUUAAUUUACUAUGUUUGCACGUACAUAAACAUUUGUUUUGAUGUCUACUUUUGUUGAACAGAUUCAGUCAAAAGAUAAUGGUAACAGAAACCCUCUCCAUUGUCAAUAAAAACAAAUACUUCCA